AUGAUACGAUCGCACGAUGUCUUGAAAGGCGAAGAGGCCAACGACGCUGCGUGGGAGGCCAGCAAAGGAGCUCUCAUAGGAGCUGCGAAAUGGGGAGCCGGCGCCGCCCUCCUCGGUGUCAUUGGCUAUGUUUGGUCGCCGAUAUAUAAAGGCACGACGGUGCAGUUCAAGGUGUAUCUUCAAAUGUCCGGCAUGGUGCUGGGCGGCAUGAUCGAGGCAGAUUGGCGCCUGAGACAGUAUGAAGUUCAGAUGAGGAUGCAGAGGCGGUGGAUGCGUGAAAAGGCCAAAUGGGAUCGGUACGAGGAGGAACUGUCGGACAAAAAGGACAAAUGA